AUGUCCACGCCGUCUCCCGCCCGCCUCCGCUCCAUCUACCGCUCCCUCCUUCGCGAACUCCCCCCCCGACCCAUACUGUCCUCCCGCCGAUCCAGCUUACACACCCGCCUGCGCGCGUCCCUGACCGAUCCGUCGCCCGCGGCGCCCGCCCAGGCCGACCAGCUCAUUGCCUACCUGCGCGCCCAGAGACUCUACGUCUCCCUGAUUGAGCGCUACAACCCCGGCAUGGACAUGGACGAGGAGGAGCGCGUCAGACUGACCGCCAGACGCGUCGGGAUGGACCUGCCGAAUCUUUACGGCCGCGGAAGGGCGGCCAAGUAA